AUGGCGACCAAUCCGACAUCGGGACUCACCCGGUCCGAGCCGCUCAGCUCAAGCAACUCGCAAGCGGACCAGCUUCGCGACGCUACCGACGCGGCCGCCGCCAGCUUGACCGAGGACGGAGCAGGUCCGCCGAUCAACAAGACCCACGCCAAAGUGCACGAUCUCUCGUCGUUGCCGCACAGCCACCCUGCCGAUCAAUCUCCUGCUUCCCUCAACUCGCCAUGCUUCGUUCACUCGUACCUCGACAGGGGCGUAGCGCUCGGAGAGAGUCUCAAGAAGCAACGCCGUCAAUUCAGUCGGCAGCGCGCGCACCGCUCCAAACUUGCGCGGGGGAACUCGCAGAGCGACGCUGCUUCUGCCGACAAUGAUGCGUCACCCCGAUUCCAACCGGCAGAACCUGCGGCUGUAGGUGCAGCUGCAGCAUCUCCGUCUACAUCCAGCUCCGCAUCCGCCGGCAGAAAGCAGGGAGCGAUAGACUCAGACAAUCUCUCCAACUCAGACUCACCCUCGACGCGCGCCAGACGGGGCGCAGACCGCACGUCUGCUCGAGUUCGGAUCCGCACCAGCUCGGACGAUGACGAUGGCGACGACGACGAUGAUCGGGAUGCCGACAACACCGCCGAUCAGCCUCUCUCGGAUCGAAGCUCAUCCUAUGGCUCGUCGUACUCCUACUCGACCGACGAAGACGAUUCUGACAAGGUGCGCUCGCUUACACGUCAGCUCGCAGAGACAGCGGUGGGUGUGCGAGAGAUGAGCAAGCAGCUUGGACGUGCCAGGGUCAAGUCUACCAUCCAGUCCGUUAUGAUCAUCACAAAGGCCAGAGACAAUCACCUCAUCAAGCUGACCCGUGAACUCGCCAUCUGGCUCAUGACAACACCACGCAACGGCAAGGCCACCGGUCUCAUUGUCUACGUUGAUUCGCAGCUUCGUCAAUCCAAGCGCUUCGAUGCCGACGGCAUCCGCAGAGACUACCCUCAGCUCUUUGACUCGAGACCGCCCAAGCGAACACCUAGUCUUUCUGCUUCCUUCUCGUCCUCCGCCGCGUCAGUAUCCGACAAUAACGGCACCUUCAACAGGUCGGACGGCGGCAAUCAGCUGCGCUUUUGGAACUCGGACAUGUGCUCACGCUCGCCUCACCUGUUCGACUUCGUCGCCACCCUCGGCGGUGACGGCACCGUGCUCUUCUGUUCGUGGCUCUUCCAACGCAUCGUGCCUCCCGUCCUCCCAUUCGCUCUCGGGUCGCUUGGAUUCUUGACCAAUUUCGACUUCAAGGCGUACAAAGACGUCAUGAAGUCGGCGCUCGACGACGGCAUCCGCGUCAACCUGCGCAUGCGCUUCACAGCCACCGUCUACCGCGCCACGCUACCAUCGUCAAGCUCGGCCGAUCGACACCGUCGUCAAGCCAUCAAGUCUGGCAAAACUGGCGAGAUCAUCCUCAAUUCGGUCAAAAACUGCGGCUGGGAUGCCAUUGAGUCGCCUAAUCCCGACCAAUCGCACCAACGGCGCUCCGAUCUGCGUCCUGACGAUGAGGUGGUGCUGCCAUCGAUGGAGAAGAAGUCGAGCAGGAAGGGUCGGGGCGGUAAAAAGUGCCGUGACAAGGAGAUCAUGUGCUUCAGCACCCGACCCGUAGAGACGUUUGAGGUCUUGAACGAUCUCGUCGUCGAUCGAGGUCCAAGCCCUUACGUUAGCUUGCUCGAGGUGUUCGGUGAUGAGCAUCACAUGACCACAGCGCAAGCAGACGGUCUUUGCAUCUCGACGCCCACCGGCUCCACCGCCUAUUCGCUCUCGGCGGGCGGAAGUCUUGUUCACCCUGAGAUCCCCGCCAUCCUCAUCACGCCCAUCUGCCCGCACACAUUGUCGUUCCGUCCAAUGCUGUUGCCAGAUAGCAUGGAGCUGCGCAUCGCUGUGCCGUACAAUUCGAGGAGCACAGCGUGGGCUAGUUUCGACGGACGUGGUCGCGUCGAGUUGAAACAGGGCGAUCACAUCAAAGUGACAGCAAGUCGCUACCCGUUCCCCACAGUGUGCGCAGAGAACCAGUCAACCGAUUGGUUCUCAAGCAUCUCGCGCACGCUCAAGUGGAACGAAAGGCAGAGGCAAAAGUCGUUUGUCGUGGUGGAGGAAGGUGCCGAAGCCGAUUCGAAUGAGAAGGGCAAGGACGCCACAUCCAAGGCUUCUUCAGGCAAGAUGUUCGCUAAGCACAGCCGCGGAGGCGAACAGGACGACAGUGAUGACGACGACGAUGACGACGACAGCAGUGACGAGGACGGCGAUGCCAAGCGGGGUGACGAGGAGGAGGAAGACGCGGAAAAGUUCGACAUCGAUGAUACGAGCACCACAGUGACCCGCAGCAACAGUCCCAACUCGCACGGCGAUGGUCAUGCUCACGUACGCAGGCGAUCGGGCCAAAGCACGCCUCGACACAUCAAUGGGGGGUCACGACGCAGCAGCGGUCCAUCGCUGUUGAGCAGCUCCUUGCCUCGGCUGACUUCGAUUACCAACGCCUUCAACUCCAAGUCGAGCGAAGCACAGGCAAGUGGUGACCAGCCAUCGACGGCUUCAUCUCAUUCACGCUCGCUUCUAAGCAGUCCAGACCGUUUCGGUCUCCAGGGACCGCCUCUGCCGCCAAAGGCCAUCAGCGAGCGGCACCUGCUCAGCGCCGACUUCCGUCUCGAUGGUGGAAGCCAGACGUCGUCAUCGACCAUCACGUCUCCGAACCGAACUGAAGCUGGCUCCGAACGGUCAUCGCAAGCGUCUCGCGCCACCAACAGCGACCGCAGCAGAAGCAAGCAAUCAAAGCCGAUGACGCCUUCCUCCGCAAUGUCUCGGGACAAGACUCCGCAGGGCAUCCGCAGUGGGUCGACUGGACAGAGCGAAGGUGGGAGAGGCUCAGAGCAGACGUCAGAUCGCUUCGAGCGAACGGCAAACAGCACAGGAGGUACAGCGCUCGUAGUGUACGGCGAAGAUGAGAGCGAUUCGGAUUCGACGACUGGAGCAGGACAUUGA